CCUGCCCUGCCUUGCCUUUCAUUCAGCGCCUCUUCUUUGCUUCUAGCCAAAGCCUUUGGCAAAGCGAACAAACCCACACCAAACUCAGAAUAAGUUUUGUAGUAUUACUUACUAUUCUGUUUUCACAUUUCUUUUUAGUUUAUCGCAAAAUCAACUCUCCGGAUCUCCUUUCUCUUUCUCUCUCGUCGCUUCCAUUCCUCUCUCAUUUUCUCUGUCGUCAAAGCGCUGCUUUUCUUGUUCAAAUCCAGGAUCUGGUUACUUCUAUAGCUUGUUGGUUUCCAGAAAAAUAGAGCCCAUUUAACAUUCACAUAAACCCAUGAAGGAAUCAGAGUUCAGCACUGAGCCAAUUGGACAAAAUCUGAUAAAACUUAUCAGCAACCUGUGUUUCUCAGUUUUUGUUUUCUCAGUGCUAAUAUUUACGGUUAUCGCGAUCACCUAUCAACCACCAGAUCCAUGGCUGGAGUCAGCUCCAGCCUUAACCAAACUCUUCACUCAAACCGAAAAUGCCACUUUCAAGAAUGACAACUCCAUCCUCAAAACCGGUGAGGAUUUACUUGCUGUGCCAGCUCCCGCCGUGCCCCCUGCUUUGGCAGUCAAUCCCAUCACUGAAACCGUGAUCGAGAAGUCUGAAGAGAAAAUCUCGAAUAUGAGCUUAAAAUCAGAUUGUGAGGAGGUAAAGGUUGUGAAUUGUUCGGAUCCACGCGUUUUACUCGCGGUCGAGAAGUUUAAUUUGAAAACUUUCAAGUUUAUCGUGUUUCUGGAGUAUCAAACUCCGGUCAUUGGGUCGAAACCGGAUGAGUGUGAUGUGGCUUGGAGGUUUAGGAACAAGAAAGAAAAGUCGUGGAGAAAGUAUAGGGACUUUAGAAGGUUCAGGUUUGGGAUUGCGGAGAAUUGUACCUAUAAAGUGGUGCAUGCAAAUGGCUGGCAUUCGGGCAUUAACGCUCGGAGGCCUAGGAAUAGACCUAACACCACAAGGAGUGGUGGGAAUCCCAAGCUAGCACCACUGAUACGUGAUGAAGAGAUAAAUGAUACUAUUCCAACUCUGGGUUCGGAAAUGAACUUUAGAAAGGGGAAGUAUUUGUAUUAUGCACGGGGAGGGGACUACUGCAAGGGAAUGAAUCAUUAUUUGUGGAGUUUCCUCUGUGGUUUAGGAGAGGCUAUGUACUUGAAUAGGACAUUUGUGAUGGAUUUGAGCAUAUGUUUGUCGGCAACUUACAAUCCAAGCAAUAAGGAUGAGGAGGGAAAAGAUUUUAGGUUUUAUUUUGAUUUUGAGCAUCUUAAGGAGGUGGCUUCCAUCGUUGAGGAGAGUGAAUUCUUGAGAGAUUGGAAGAAAUGGGAUAGAGGCCAUAAAAGAAAAGUGCCAGUCAAGAAGGUAACAACAUAUAAAGUCACACCAAUGCAACUUAAGAAAGAUAAGAGCACAAUCCUUUGGAGGCAGUUUGAUGCUCCAGAGCCUGAAAACUAUUGGUACAGGGUAUGUGAGGGGCAAGCAGCUAAGUACGUUCAGAGGCCAUGGCAUGCUUUAUGGAAAUCAAAAAGAUUGAUGAAUAUAGUGACUGAAAUCAGUGGACAAAUGGACUGGGAUUUUGAUGCUGUGCAUGUGGUUCGAGGGGAAAAAGCACAGAAUAAAGAGCUGUGGCCACAUUUGGAUUCUGAUACAUCUCCUGAUGCUCUUCUCAUGAAGCUUAAAGAAAUAAUUCAGCCUUGGAGGAAUCUGUACAUAGCAACAAAUGAGCCAUUCUAUAAUUACUUUGAUAAAUUGAGGUCUCAGUACAAGGUCCAUUUGCUCGAUGAUUACAAGGAAUUAUGGAGUAACACAAGUGAGUGGUACAAUGAGACAGGGCUGUUGAAUGGUGGAAAACCAGUUGAGUUUGAUGGAUACAUGAGAGUUGCUGUGGAUACUGAGGUACUUUACAGGUCGAAGACACGUGUAGAAACCUUUUAUAAUUUGACCAAAGAUUGCAAGGAUGGAAUUAAUACAUGCUGAACAGGUCGGGAAUUAGCCCUUCUGUUGUUUUUCUCAACUUUCAUGUUAUUUCUUAAACUUUCUUGAUUCUGUUACAAAAUGUAAUUGUCGAGAUUAGUUCAGGCUUGGUGUUUUUUUGUUAUUUUAUUAUUGUUAAUGUUGGCAAUUUCUGUUCAUUCUGAAAACCCUAUAUAUCUAGUAGUGGUAUAUUCAACUUAUAGUGGAGUUUAUUCUGUCCUAAUACUGUUGAAUUUUUUCUUUUUCUCUUUUUGUAAAUGAAUAUUAUUCUUAUCUCUUGUACCUUGUAAGGCAAGAGCGAAGGAAGUCUAUAUGCUUUAAUGACCAAUUCAAAUUCAUGA